AUGCAGCUUCAGGAGGUGCCGACUAAAUUCAGGGCACCGCAAAGCGUUAACCAUCUCCAGUCCUCUCCAGCGAUCUUCGGCGCUUCUACCACUGACUUCUCCUUUACUCAUGUCGCGCCUGCCUUCAUCUCAAUUCGAUUUGUGAUUCGAACUCAGAGGACUGUUGCAAGUUGCUGUGAAAACGAUGAUGUAUUUCAGAGCUUCUACAAAAUUAUUGUUACGGAGGAUCGAAGAUUGAAGGGAGUAUGUUGUGGAUUGGAGACUGAUGAAUUUCAAACAUUGGAGGUGAAGAAUGAUUCUGAAGGAGCAAGAGAAUCCGCCAUGACAAGUUUGAUGUCAAGGUUUGGGAGGCAUAAUGUUUGGUGA